CAUUUUAAUUUCCAUUUUCAGACAGCAACUUGAAGUUCAGUACCCACAUCCAGCACAUAACAAAGGUCUUCAAAAAUAGGCAAUGUUUUAACCUGAAGAGAGAGUGAAUCGACAACAUGGAGGCUUCAUGUUCUUGGUCAUCUCCAGACUUUGGAACUGCACCGUUGUCACUUCUGGUUUCUCCAAUAAUUUCUGUCUAACAGAUCCAGCGGCUUGUGGAAGUUACCCUCUCUUUAUUUUGAACUCUGUUUUUAAAUUAGAAAUUUUUUGAAUUUGUAAAAUUAGUCAAAUUACCUUAAAAUAAUUGAAUGGUUGGUUUCCUGUACAUAAUUGAUAGAACAGUAGGUGUGUUGGCUAAGAACUGGAUCAACUUAAUUAUUAAAAUAGGCAAAAAUAGGAUGCAAAAUAGGCCAAAUUAUUGAUGCAUAUAGUUGUGCCAGAAUAAUUCUCUUAGUUUUCCAUCAGAUAUUGCAUUUGUGGUGUCAUAACUUGAGAAAAACAUUCUUUACCAUUUGAAAAUUUGUGACACUCAGCACUUUUAAUUUUCGGAGUCACAAUAGUAAAGGAGUUAAGGACUUAAAUGACUUUUAUGACAAACAAUAAGAUGCAGUACAUUAGAGCUUCUUCAAGGAAACAAACGUAUCAGUGUUCUGAAUGUCUAAAAAAAUUUUCACAUAAAUCAUAUCUAAUACGACACAUGAGAGUUCAUUCUCAAGAAAAACCAUAUCAGUGUUCUGAAUGUCUAAAAAAGUUUUCACGGAGAUCAAAUCUAAUAGAACACAUGAGAGUUCAUACAAGAGAAAAACCAUAUCAGUGUUCUGAAUGUCUAAAAGAGUUUUCACAGAGAUCAACUCUAAUACGACACUUGAGAGUUCAUUCUCAAGAAAAACCAUAUCAGUGUUCUGAAUGUCUAAAAGAUUUUUCACUGAGAUCAAGUCUGAUACGACACAUGAGAGUUCAUUCUCAAGAAAAACCAUAUCAGUGUUCUGAAUGUCUAAAAGAGUUUUUACGGAGAUCAUACCUAAUAGAACACUUGAGAGUUCAUUCUCAAGAAAAACCAUAUCAGUGUUCUGAAUGUCUAAAAGAGUUUUCACGGAGAUCAAAUCUAAUGCAACACAUGAGAGUUCAUUCUCAAGAAAAACCAUAUCAGUGUUCUGAAUGUCUAAAAGAGUUUUCACACAGAUCAAAUCUAAUACGACACAUGAGAGUUCAUUCACAAGAAAAACCAUAUCAGUGUUCUGAAUGUCUAAAAGACUUUUCACUGAGAUCAAGUCUGAUACAACACAUUAGAGUUCAUUCACAAGAAAAACCAUAUCAGUGUUCUGAAUGCCUAAAAGAGUUUUCACAGAGAUCAAAUCUAAUACAACACUUGAGAGUUCAUUCAGUAGCAAAUUCCUUUUAAGAAUGGUUGCCUUGAUGCUGGUAAUAUGCUGUUUAUCCAAGGAGUUAAGAGCUAUCCCUCAUGUUCCUUGGAUCAGAUAUGAAUACCCUCUACCCCUUCAUAUUUUCCAGGGGCUGUAUGACCCAUACUGAUUUAGCACUCAUUCUUGAAUUUAAUUAUCAUGAGGUAAACUAUAUUUUUGAGUUACAUAACUUUUUUGUUUUGUAUCAAAGCAGAAUGAUUCCCAUUUCCUAGGCAUUGUAUGACCUUUACAGGUUAGUGUUUCCUCAAAAAUGAAAUAAUUCUGGCUUCUUGGAUGAAUAUUUAAUCAGACAAACUGUUAUUAAUUUCACCUGGAAGCUAAUAUAUUCUCCACAAAUCAUUUUAUGAAGCUUUGCAACAACUUAAGUUUUGUCUUGUAGAUAAUUGUUAUGACAAUUUAUUU